GCGAGUGACUUUUUCUCCUCUGCCAGGGUUUUAGACGUGAUAUGGUGUUCUAGUACGUUGUCCUGCGUUUGAAAGACAAAAGAGUCUCCGAAGAGCGUCUACAGUUCCACAAUAUGUUAGAAUAACACGCAUACCAGACAAGACAAUGGCCUCUUUACUGCGGCAGAUUGUUGCAGGGCCGCGAGCCAGACAUCCUGAGGCUGGAUUAGAUCUGUGCUAUGUCACUGAUUUCAUUGUAGUCACUUCUGGACCCAGCUCAGUAUGGCCAAAGAAGGCCUACCGAAAUCCCCUUGACCAACUAGUCUCUUUUCUUGAUCGCAAACAUGGUGAAGAUUGGUCGAUAUUCGAGUUUAGAGCUGAAGGCACGGGAUAUCCUGACAAAGAAGUGUACAACCGAAUACACCACUUUCCUUUCCCCGAUCAUCACCCACCCCCAUUUUCCUUGAUCCCGAAGGUCAUGGCCGCCAUGCGGAAUUGGAUCCAGAGAUAUGACGAAGAUACACAAGAGGCGAACGAGCAAGAUAAACCGAAGAGAGUCGCGGUUGUACAUUGCAAAGCCGGCAAAGGACGCAGCGGUACCAUUUCAUGUUCAUACCUCAUCAGUGAAGAAGGGUGGGAUAAGCAAAAGGCCUUGGCUCAAUUUACAAAUCGGCGGAUGCGAGCCGGUUUCGGUCAGGGCGUGAGUAUUCCUAGCCAACUUCGAUGGGUUGACUACAUCGACAAAUGGACAAAUCAAAUGGGAAAGUACUACAAGGACAUACCGGUAGAAAUACUUGAGAUCCACAUCUGGGGUCUGAGAGAAGGCGUUACAGUCACGGUAGAAGGAUAUGUCGAAUCUGGGCGCAAGAUACACAAGUUCCAUAAAUUCAGUCGACAGGAGAUGACACUAUUGGGAGCAGCGAGCACCGAACAACCUAGCAUGUCAACCUCGAAGAAAGAUCAGCACGGGCUGAGCACUCCUCCAACAGGCACACCGCAAUCAUCAACAGUGAGCUUGAAUGGAACGGCAAACACCUCACAGGAUGUCAUUCUCAAGCCAUUCAAGCCUAUCGUCCUGCCGUCAAGUGACGUCAAUAUCGACUUUGAGCGACGAAGUAAGGCUCCCGCAGGAUUGACCAUGAUGACCGCCCUCGCCCACGUUUGGUGGAAUGCAUGGUUCCACGGCGGUCACGAUGGCCACAAUAGCGGCACGUUCGAGAUACAGUGGGAAGCCAUGGACGGCAUCAAGGGCAGCUCGAGGAAGGGCACGAGAGCACUUGAUAGGUUGGCUGUGGUCUGGAGAUACAGGGAAGAUGGCCGUGAGACAGUCGUGCCCGAACCGGCAAAGGGGGAGCCGGUCCCUGAAAACCCGCCUGCUAACUGGCACGGCGAAGAUAACCCGGAGGUCAAGCCCUCAGAUGGCAUCGACAGUGGCCGAUCCGGAGGUGCGCUCUUGACGAUGGGAGCAACCAUCAAUGAGGGGGCAAGUACGUUAGGCAAGGAACUUGGGUUGAAAUCGAAAGAGUCCGAACCGUCCAGCGCCAGCGUGUCACUAGCCUCGAGUGACAGUUUGGAGGGCAAGCCUGCUCGGAAAACCACAGAGGUGAGGGAGGCUGAGGACGAUUCUGGAGACGAAGGUGUCAGGACGUACGGCUUGAAUGGAGAACACCAUAUUCCUUACAGAGAGGAGGAUGAAGGGAGGAAAGACACAACUACUGACCAUACGAUGGAGGCUGGUGUGGCGAAGAUGGCACAUAUUGUCUCCAAAAUGAAAUCUUCCGACCAGAAGGAGCAUGGGACAGAAACUUCUCAUGAACAGUCAGAGGCAAAGACGUCUAUAGAUUCGACCGACGGCAAGUCUAGCUCUCCUCCGGCAUGAUUUACUGUUUUUCUUUUACGGAUAGCAUUGAUACCCCAGUACACGUAUUGCUAGAAAAAUAGGCAAGGUGGUAUACCCGUUGUAUUUUAUUGGACAUUGUAAGGUUA